AUGGCUCAAGAAUUGCUGGCUCUGGGCGAGCGGUUGGUGGCCGAGACCACCUGCCCGCUGUGCGUGGAGCUGUUCUCGCAGCCCGUGCUCGCGGCGUGCGGGCACAGCUUCUGCCAGCAGUGCGCGUCGGCCGUGCUGGGGGAUCCCCCUCGCCCCGCCGCCUGCCCGCUGUGCCGCUCCCCGCUGCAGCCGGGCUCGCUGCGCCCCAGCCGCUCGCUGGGCGCCGUGGCCGAGCUGGCCCGGUCCAUGGGGGAGCUGGCCCGGGCUCGGUGCCCCCGGCACGGCUCGCUGAUGGUGCUGUUCUGCCAGCCCUGCGCCGCCCCGCUCUGCGCGUCCUGCUGCUCCGGGCUCCAGCACCGCUCGCACCGCGUCCUCCUCGCCGAAGAGGCCGCGCGGGAGCUGCGGAAGACACUCCAGAGCAACCUGCUUCUUCUACAAAAACAGAAGGAAGGACUGAAGCCCAGAGAUGACCAGAAAAGCCGUGAUCUGCUGAUGAAGGUGAUGUUGGAGUUGCAGCGUGUGCCUGAGACCUUUAAGGAGCUGCAGCAGUUCCUGAAGGAGCAGGAGGAGAUCCUGCUGGCCCAGCUCCAGCAGGUGUCCCAGGAGCUUGUUGAGAAGAGGUGUGAAUACAGCUCCAGGGUUUUGGAGAGGGAGUGGCUGCUGGACAUGGUGAUUGCACAGAUCGAGGAGAUGCAGGACAAGCCGGUGGUCGAGUUCCUCAUGGAUGUUGGCAAAAUCCUGAGCAGCUGUAAGGCUGCCAGUGCCCCAAUCCCAAAGCCAGUUUCCCCCCCACUGCAGAGGAGAGUUGAGAGCCUUUCUGAGAUGAGCCAGCUGGUUGUGGACAUGGCAGCCAAAAUCAAAGUGAACCUGCAGAGCAGGGUAGGCUGGGAAAAGGAGCAGGUGACGCUGGACCCAGAGACAACGAGUCCUUACCUGAUGCUCUCGCGGGACCACAAAACCAUCUGGCACGAAAAUGGAAAACGAAACCUCCCUGACACCUCCAAGAGGUUCACAGGCAGCUCCAGUGUCCUGGGCUCCCGGGGGUUCACAUCUGGGAGGCAUUACUGGGAGGUGGAGGUCAAGAAAGGGGGCGACUGUGCCGUGGGAGUGGCCCUGGAGUCUGUGCCGAGGAAGGAGUCGCUCAGCGUGGCCAUGGAGAAGAUCUGGGCCCUGCGACUGUCCUGGGACGGCCAGUACAGAACAUUCCACGAGUCCCCUGUCCUGCUGGCAUUCAGGGAAGGGCUCCGGAGAAUCAGAGUCCACCUGGACUAUGAAGCAGGCAGAGUGACCUUCUACAAGGCAGAGAACAUGACGCAGAUCUUGCAGUUUGAGGCCACCUUCACUGAGAAAGUCUUCCCGUAUUUUUGGCUCUGGUCAGAUGAAAUGCACAUCCGGCUGUGUGAGUGAUAGGGUCAGAUGGCUGCCGGCCCCCUGCCGUGCCCUGGGCUAGCUGAGCAGGGAGGAGCUGUGGGAAUGGCAGGGAUCACGCUGCACACUCCCUGCACCUCUGGAUCCCCUCCGCGAUUUUCUUCAUCUCCUCUCGCUGAGUCCUUCAGAGCAUUAAAGAAGUGCUGUCCUGCCUGGGGGUGUCUGCGUGCUGGUAUCCUGGCUACAUCCCACAGUGAUGGAGUCCUGCCUCUCCCUGUGGGCACCGAGUACAUAAAAUAAUCGGGAGUGAGGAGGGAAGAGGCUCUGAUUGUCCUUUGUUGCUGCUUGCUGCAGCUGUGCUGUGCUGGAGGAUGCAGCCACCCCUCACACAGGAAUUCAGGCUGGAGCCAUGAGCUGAUAAUAGUGGUGCUAACUGCUCAAAAAGUUUGUAAAAAAGGAAAACGCUCAGGGAGGGAGAGCGGGAAUGAGGGCACGCCUGGAAGAGCAGCAGGAGCUGGGGGUGCGAUGGGGAAUCUCUGAGGUCUGGGGUGGUCAGGGAAGGAACAAACUCUGUCUAAACCAGGAACCGGGCAGAGGGAUGCAGGCUGUGGGUCAUGUCCUAGAGAUCUGAAUCCAGAGUGAUCACUGGAGACAGCAGGACCACCGGAACCACUGGAGAGACAUGGCAGAGGAUGUGCCAGGGACUGGACAGCACAGGUCUGCCAACCCUGAGCUGAGGGGAAGCUGUGUAUUCUGAAGAGUUUGUGUGGAGUAGAAGUGGGGGGCUGUCAAGUCUCCCUUCUCCUGCUCAUCGCCCCGUGACCCCCAUCCUGGUGUCACAGGGAUGCGCCCUGCUUUAUUUGUCCAGCUGCUCACCAAACGCCUCGUAAAGCGGCUUUUGUUCUCAUGGAGAGCUCAUUUGAUGAGAAAUGAUGUGGAAAUGGCUCUUUGAGGAGAAGUGAUGUGGGAAGUGCUCUUUGUCUCAGCGAGGCCGUGCUAUCUGCCGCGUUUGUGCAUUCUUUCUUUAAUCUUCCCCAUUUUCCCCUCACGCCCAGGCUAAAGGGAGACGGCCGGAAACAUGGCGGCAAA